AUGAUGGCACAUAGCCCUCUAGCGACAACGACAAGCAGCUCUCGCUCGACAGGCGCUGAGAGAGAACAUGAUCUUCUUACGUCGAGUCGCGGGAUACAUUCAGACCCAGCAACAGGCAAACAAAUGGCCAUGACGAGUUCUACCACGGUCGCGGUCAAACCGGUAGACAAGAGGAGUUGGGACUACCUAGUCCGGAGUGGUUUGGCUGGUGGGUUGGCAGGAUGUGCUGCAAAAACGAUCGUUGGACCUUUGGAUCGGGUCAAAAUCCUUUUUCAGACAUCAAACCCUCAAUUCGCAAAAUAUUCGAACAGUUGGUUCGGCGUAGCUUCAGCCAUGAAAACCAUUAAUAACACUGAAGGUGUUCGUGGCCUAUUCAGAGGUCAUUCAGCUACUUUACUUCGAAUAUUUCCCUACGCUGCUAUUAAAUUCAUAGCAUACGAACAGAUCCGUGCUGUCGUAAUACCCUCCAAAAAACACGAAACUCCCUUUCGCCGGCUGAUUAGCGGUAGUUUAGCCGGCAUCACAUCCGUAUUUUUCACAUAUCCGUUAGAACUUAUUAGAGUGCGGCUGGCAUUCGAAACAAAGCAAGGAUCCAAGUCAUCAUUGCGAAAUAUCUUCAGCCAAAUUUAUAGUGAAGGAAGCAUCGUUGCUAGUUCCGCUGAUGGAGCUGCUUCUGCAUCUACUGCGGCUGCUGUUGUGGAGAAGGUCAAGCCUCGAUAUGGACUUGUGAACUUUUACCGCGGAUUCUCUCCCACAAUGCUCGGGAUGUUGCCGUACGCAGGCAUGUCUUUCCUUACACACGACACUGUUGGUGAUUGGCUUCGUCAUCCCAGUAUAGAGAAAUACACCACCAUCCCACACUCCGGCAAACAUACGCCGCAAGGCCAGGAACAAACGCGGUCUCAUAGACCACAGUUAACAGCCACCGCUGAACUGUUCUCUGGCGCUGUUGCAGGACUCAUAUCCCAAACAUCCUCAUAUCCAUUGGAGGUUAUCCGACGACGAAUGCAAGUUGGAGGUGCAGUUGGUGAUGGACAUGUUCUUGGUAUACGAGAGACGGCUCAGAAGAUAUUCCUUGAACGUGGAUUCAAAGGUUUCUUUGUUGGUUUGACAAUCGGCUACAUGAAAGUCAUACCAAUGGUGGCUACGAGUUUCUUCGUCUAUGAGAGAGGAAAAUGGUGGCUUGGUAUAUAG